GCCUAAAGGGAAACCUGGGACCCGCAAACCUGACUCUCCUGAACCGCGGUUGUACUACGUUUCCAAGGACGGCCAACGUCAACUAGCGCAGAUACUGCAGAGAGGGGAAGGGGAGGUGUAUGUGCACUAUCUCAACACCGACAAACGGCUCGAUGAGUGGGUUCCGGAGUCGAAGCUCACGCUCGCCCAAGACCAGGCAGCAUCGCAGGGUUCGUCUGCGCGAAAAAGGAAGCGGGAAUCAACGAGCGGCGAGGCCUCUGGCGCGCGGCCAAGAGAAGCCUCCGCGGGUCCUUCUACCUCUGCUGAUAAGGAAGACGUCAACGGGGAGGCUGCUAUGACCGAGGAAGAGUACGACAUCCAACAUCACAGGCAGAUCACCGCGAAACGCAACUUCGAGCACGUUAUCUUCGGCCACUGGAAGAUAAAGACUUGGUAUUUCUCUCCUUAUCCCUUGGUCGAAGGCUCCGAGGCGGAGGAACUAGCGUUGGCUGCCAGUCAAGACCAGCGCAUCCCAGGCGUCCGGCGCACCACGGUUCGAUCCCAUGGGCGUACGUCCGACAUCCUAGCUGGCGGCCUGGGGCGUGCUCAUACAUCGGGAGAGAAAUCGACGCUAUGGGUGUGUGAUCGGUGCUUCAAGUACAUGACGGAGGGAUCGUCUUGGGAGUUACAUACCAAAAAGUGCAGCUGGAAGAGCCCCCCUGGCAGGAAAGUGUACCAGAGGGGCGCGCAUAUCAUCUGGGAAGUUGAUGGAGCGAAAGAAAAGCUUUACUGCCAAAAUCUCUCGUUAUUUGGCAAACUGUUCAUCGACAUCAAGACACUCUAUUUUGACAUGGAAAAUUUCAUGUUUUAUGUCCUCACGGAUGCCGAUUCACAACGAGACCAUGUUCUUGGUUUCUUCUCGAAAGAGAAGGUAUCAUAUGAUGACUACAACCUCGCAUGUAUCGUCGUGCUCCCACCUUAUCAGAGGAAAGGCUACGGCAUGCUCUUAAUCGAAUUUAGCUACGAGCUCUCUCGACGCGCAGGCAAAGUAGGGACGCCCGAGCGACCGCUCUCAGACCUCGGCCUCCGCAGCUACCUAACAUACUGGGUUUCUGUCCUAAUCCGCUUCUUCCGCGCCACGAGCCAUGUCACCGUGAGGUGCACCCUCGCUGACAUCGCCCAGGCUACGAAUCUGCGUGUGGAGGACGCUGCCUUCGCGCUGAACGAGUGCGGGCUGUUGCUUCGACGGCAGACCGCGGGAGAGGACGACGGGGAGCAGAUUGUAUUAGUUUCGCGUGAGAUGGUAGAGGUCGUGGCGAGAGACAGGGGGGUUAAGAAGAUGAUGAUGGACAUGAGUCAUGUACUGCUGUAG